AUGCGAGGGAGUGUGUGUUGAUGAAAGGAGGCGGUUCCCGUGAAGGAAGCUUCUAGUAUUUCGGGAGGGGGGGGUGUUGAAUAACUCGCCGAAAAUUAUAGGGAGGAACGAAAUCGAAUGGGGUACAUGGGUCUUUAGAUGGUCUUUUAAAAAAAUCAAGCAUAAAAUUGUACUGUGAGAUGGCGCAAGAGAGAUUAUCCGGAAGAAAUGUUUCUGUUACAACAUUUUCUUCGGAGAAACUCGUAUAGUCGUACAGUCACUGACUUUCAGGAGCCAGACUCCAGCUGCCCUAAAAUGCUGAAUUGAUUGUGGCAGGUAUUUGGCUUGUUUCAGUCGCAUCAUUUGCAUGCUGAACUUAGUUAAUAGGAUUUUUAAUAAACAUGCAUUAAAUCUGGAUGUUGGUGAUGAGGAUCAUAGCCCGGAUAAAAUACAGUGCAGAGCCAAAAUUUUGGAUACAUGUAUCCACGAACAAUUGCUUUCCAAAAUAGUCCUGGUCUGUCAUAUUUGCAAUGGAAAAAGCGGGGGUGAACCGGUUCAGUUUCUCUUGUAAAGUAAUUUCUGUAUCCUGAAAAGUGCUGAACACUCCUGCUGCCAGAUGCAGAAUCCAUUCAAAAACCAUCUUUUGAAGAAAACUGGAAAUUCAAAGAAAAACUUAAAAAUGAAACUGCACCCUUUUCUUGGUUUCUCUGUUACAGGGGUAGUAAGAAGUACACAGUAAAUAUGGUGUAAAAGGAAGGGCAGUGAAUUUUCUGUUUAUAAUUGUUCAAAAUCUAAAGUUCUCCACACUUUCUCCAAACAAAUUCAAAAUUGUUUUCUGAACUUUUCAUGAAACAAAAUACACAAUGCGUGUGUGCUGGCUAGUGAGCAAAGAUAGAAGCUGUCAGCGAAUUAAACUACCGCAUUUAGAAAUGGUGGUGAUAGGGCGUGGGCCUGACACGGAGAUUACAGACAAGAAGUGUUCACGAAAACAAGUACAACUAAAAGCAGAUUACAACAAAGGGUAUGUCAAGGUUAAACAGAUAGGAGUCAAUCCAACCAGUAUUGAUCUAGUGGAUGUUGGCAAAGAUCAAGAAACCAAACUGAAGCCAGGGCAGGUUCUCCAUAUUGUCAAUAAAUUGUAUCCAUACACUGUACAAUUCUUGGAGGAAAUGGGCACAUGUGUUGGUCGGGAAAGCAACCAACUCCAAAGUGAAAAAAGGCCGCACGAUGAACCUGAGAACAAAAAUAUGGAAAGCUUAUUUGGAAAACAAAUAAAAACAGACCAGGUGGCAGUGCAAAACUGCAAUUUGUACAACGAGGUGUCAGAUGGCAGUUCUGUUUCUUCACAUGAAAGCUCUUCUACCAAAAUGGAAUGUAUGCCAUACUGGGCUCAAGGUCUGAAGGUUUCUAUGCAAAAUCCAGAUGUGCAGGUUUACAAGGAUGAGCAAGUUGCAGUUAUAAAGGAUAAAUAUCCCAAAGCUCGCUAUCACUGGUUAGUGCUGCCCUGGAAAUCCAUUUCCACUUUAUUUGCUGUAACUCAUGAGCAUCUUGAACUGUUGGAACAUAUGCACAAGAUUGGAGAAAUGAUAAUCCAGCAGUGCCCAGAGAAAGACAGCCUGAGCUUCAGACUAGGCUAUCAUGCCAUUCCUAGCAUGAGCCAGCUACAUCUUCAUGUCAUUAGCCAAGACUUUGAUUCUAAGUGGUUUAAAACCAAGAAGCAUUGGAAUUCUUUCACGACCAACUACUUCUUGAACUCUACAGAUGUGAUAGCAAUGAUAAAAAAGAAAGGAAAAGUAACUGUGGAUAAGAACGCUGUCCAACUUCUAACACUGCCUCUGAAGUGCCACAUGUGCAAAAAGCAACUGCCGACUAUCCCUCAGUUAAAAGAACACCUUAAAGAACAUUGGCCAGAAUGACCCGUGGACUCGUUUUAUUUAUGCACUACAGCUUCUUGAGUAUUGGGUAAAUUCAGUUCCAAUGUUCAUAUGCAAAUAUUAAUGCUGUUGCCUUAUGAAGUGUACCAAAACAUUGUCUACCUUAAUAUGACCAAUAGUAUUUAUGGAGGGAAGUGGUUGUUAUGGAUAGAAGGGAUGUGGAAAUGUAAAAGGUUUGUACAAUGUUAUGCUUGUGCUUUUGCAGUGGAACCUUCACCUAUGACAUUUCUCUGCCUUUCAUGCUAAAGAAUUUGUUAUAACCAGUUGGCCAACUAAAGUGAGCCCUGCUGUUGAAUGAAUAUUUUUGUUAUGUGGUAAUUACAUGUUUUAACUUUGACGUGACGAAAGGUAACGCUGUGCUGACAUUCAGGGUACUAUUCUACAAGCUGAACCUUGAUAUUCAUUUUCAUUUUCAAAACUGGCAUGGGUAAAGGGUGAAAAACCUAAAAUGUACUGUAGUAAGAUUUGACUUGUAGUUUGACAUAUCAGGAAAAUGUUCCAUCCUAUGUUGGAGGCAUUUGUGUUUUCCCAAUUUAACUUUCAGCUUAAUCACUAUACUGUUUCUAAGUGGACUGCUGUGGAUGUAGCAGGCAUUACAAUGUGAAAUCUGAUAUCUUAUUUAAAAAAAGACUAUCACUUGAA